CCCCUCAUUUCCUUUCUUUCUUCUCUUGUCCAAAUUUCUUCACCAACUGUUUCUUCCUCCUCAAUUUGGCUUCUCAAUUCAUUCCAAUCCAAUACAAACAACAUGUUCUUCACCGGUGAUCCAUCCACCCGGAAACGGGUGGAUUUAGGUGGUCGGAGCUCCAAAGAGCGAGACCGCCAGAAGCUUCUUGAGCAGACCCGAUUGGAAAGGAACCGACGCCUCUGGUUGCGCCAGCAGAACGCCGCUGCUCUCAAGAUUCAGAAAUGCUUCAGAGGAAGAAGGGUUGUGGAGGCUGAACGCGGCAAAAUUCGUGAAAAAUUUUUCUUGACCUAUGGGCAGUAUUGUCAAGAUGUCAAUAGGCAGUGCUUUGGCCCAGAUUCUGAUUUUCUGUACCAGCUGCUUUUCUUCUUUAACCCUAGAUAUGUGUCUGAUUUUUCUGCACUUGUUGAGACCUGCCGAUUGCUUCUUGAAUUUGUUCAUGAUAAUGGUGAUGUGGUGAGCCUCUUUGCAGGCAUGGAUUACUCAUCCAAGCGUGGUCUGGUGGAAUACAGGAUUAAGAAUCUUGCCUAUGCUUGCGUUCGUGCGAUCUAUGAGAAUAGGAACCAAUUGAAAGAUCAGUUAUUUUUGGCGCCUGAGAAGUCCAAUCGAUCAGCAGAUGUCUUGCUAGAGGCAAUAAUUUUGUUGAUUGAUCUAAAGCUUCCUUGGGCUUGUAAUACAGUCUGCUAUUUGUCACAAAGGAAUAUGUACUCCAUGUUCAGAGAAAUAAUCUUGAUGGGGAAGAAACAUCUCCAAGGUUCUACUGGGACUACCUCUUCAUUGGAGCGCGUUCUUGCUGUUAUUAUUUCUCAUGUGGAUCAAACAUCUUGCACUUGUUCAAAUAGUGAUCCGCGAUCGGGCUUUUCAUCCCAGAUCCUUAUAAUCCCUUUCUUGUGGAGGCUGUUUCCACACCUGAAAGAGAUAUUUGCUGCACCACGGUUGAGUCAACAUUAUGUUCAUCAGAUGGCAUUAUGUGUGAAAGAUCAUACCAAUGUUCUGCCUGCUGAUAUAUCUAUUGAUUUUCCGAGUUACGCCUGCCUUCUAGGAAACCUAUUGGAAGCGGCUGGGGUUGCUAUCACUCAGCCUGGUUCAUUUGCAUGGGCUAUGGACUUUGCUACUGUUGCAACAUUUUUGUUGCAAGCACUUCCUCCUCUCCAAACAUCAAAUCAAGGAGGUAAAGAUUCUACAAUGGGUGAAGAUGAAAUGCUCGUUGGUGAUGAGCUAACAGAAAUAGUUUUAAAUAGGGAUUUGGAACAACAGAUUUUCAGUGCUCUAGAUCCACGCUUUCUUCUCCAAUUGACAAAUGUGCUACUCGGGGGCAUUUCGCCGAUGGUUGGUUCACAUAAAGGCAGGGCUAAUGACGACGAAGUGGCUGCUGUUGGUGCAGUGUGUUCUUUUCUGCACGUGACUUUCAACAUUUUGCCUCUUGAGCGAAUUAUGACCGUACUAGCCUAUAGGACAGAACUAGUUCCCAUUCUAUGGAACUUUAUGAAGAGAUGCCAUGAAAAUGAUAUGUGGUCUUCCUUGUCUGAGCAAUCAGCUUAUCUGCCUGUGGAUACUCCUGGUUGGCUAUUACCAUUAUCAGUUUUUUGCCCUGUUUAUAAGCACAUGCUAAUGAUUGUUGAUAAUGAGGAGUUUUAUGAACAGGAGAAGCCACUGUCACUGGUGGACAUCAGAUUGUUGAUUGUCAUCUUAAGACAGGCCUUGUGGCAGAUUCUUUGGCUCAAUCCUGUGGCAACACCUAAUUUCUCAAAGUCUGCAGAUGGUCCUUCUGCUAUGAAGAGGCACCCAAUAGAAUUUCUUCAACACAGGGUUUGCGUGGUUGCAUCUGAGCUCAUGUCGCAGUUGCAAGAUUGGAACAACAGACGAGAGUUUACCUCCCCUAAUGACUUCAAUGCUGAUGGUGCCAGUGAUUUAUUUAUGUCACAGGCAAUGACAGAGAAUACAAGAGCAAAUGACAUUCUAAAACAAGCUCCUUUCUUGGUUCCAUUUACAAGCAGAGCUAAAAUAUUUAACUCACAGCUAGCAACUAUGAAAGAAAGAAAUAGUGCUCAUGCUAUUUUUACGAGAAACAGAUUCAAAAUAAGACGGGAUCACAUUUUGGAGGAUGCUUUCAGUCAACUGAAUGCAUUAGCUGAAGAAGAUCUCCGGGGAGUGAUUCGCAUAACAUUUGUUAAUGAAUUUGGAGUCGAGGAGGCUGGUAUUGAUGGUGGAGGAAUUUUCAAAGAUUUCAUGGAAAACAUUACUCGAGCCGCAUUUGAUGUUCAGUAUGGACUAUUUAAGGAAACUGCGGAUCACCUCCUCUAUCCAAACCCUGGAUCUGGAUUGAUACAUGAACAGCAUCUUCAGUUUUUUCACUUUCUUGGGACUAUUCUUGCAAAGGCAAUGUUUGAAGGGAUUUUGGUUGAUAUUCCUUUUGCAACAUUUUUCUUGAGCAAAUUGAAGCAAAAGUAUAACUACUUGAAUGAUUUGCCCUCCUUGGACCCAGAAUUGUAUCGCCAUCUGAUUUUCCUAAAGCAUUAUGGGGGUGACAUUUCUGAAUUAGAGCUGUAUUUCGUAAUUGUUAACAAUGAAUAUGGGGAGCAAACAGAAGAAGAGCUGCUUCCAGGAGGAAAAAACAUUCGAGUCACAAAUGAGAAUGUCAUUACAUUCAUUCAUUUGGUUGCCAACCAUCGAUUGAACUUUCAGAUACGUCAACAAAGUUCUCACUUUUUGAGAGGGUUUCAGCAGCUGAUUCAGAAAGAUUGGAUUGACAUGUUUAACGAGCAUGAACUUCAGCUUCUAAUAUCUGGAUCAGUGGAUGGAUUUGAUGUCGAUGAUCUUCGUGCUCAUACUAAUUAUACAGGUGGCUACCAUGAGGAUCACUAUGUCAUUGAGAUGUUCUGGGAAGUUAUUCAGAACCUUAGCUUGGAAAACAAGAGGAAAUUUUUGAAAUUUGCAACUGGAUGUUCUCGUGGGCCUCUGCUAGGAUUUAAGUAUUUGGAGCCUACUUUCUGCAUCCAGAGGACUGCUGGUAAUGCAUCCGAAGAAGCUCUUGACCGGUUGCCAACAUCUGCCACUUGCAUGAAUCUUCUUAAACUACCUCCUUACCGAAGCAAACAGCAAAUGGAGCAGAAAUUACUGUACGCCAUAAAUUCUGAUGCUGGUUUCGACUUAAGUUGAUUAAGGCGAAUUAUUGUCCAGCAAAGAUUGCUUUUCAAGUGCUGCCCGGAGCAAAACCCUCGACUGCCAGGCUCUGGUUCCAGUUGGAAGGCCAAUUCCUAUCCUUCAAGUUUUUCUGGAGCGACUCAACCUUACUCCCUUGCUUUCAAUGUGAUGAAUUUUUAAGAACAGGUGUGUUAAGGGUCCGAUCAAGCACUCUUGUGUUCAAUAGAAACAUUUGAAGGAGUCAAAAAUUAGCAGGUGGAGUGCACCAUAAAGAAAGACCAUGUAGAUAUUAUCACACAAGUACUUUCUAGACUGGCUGUAUAUAUGCUGCGGCAUCUCUGUAUAUUAUCCCUGUAGUCAAGAACAAGCAGGGCACGCAAGUGGUCUUGUUUGUCAACUAUUUUGGUUGUAGUUAACUUCAUAUUGUAUAAUUCAGAGUUAGUAACACAUCCAGCCAUAGCAUAAAUUGAUUUUGGUUAGUGAUUGGGGAUUUAUUGAUUCUUGCUUUACAUAAAGACAAUUUAUGUUACAGUCAGCACGUUAUAUAAUCAUUCCACGUUUGCUUGAUUUUGUUCA